UGAAACUUAGACUGAAUGCUAAAGUGUUUGACCAUGUAUGGAAAAUUGUGAACUGUUAACAGUGUGAAUAAGAUAUAUAGUUCACACAUUUCCAAAAAAAGUGAAAGCCAAUGACGGAGAUACUAUAAAUGUUUCACUGAACCACAAAGUCAUAGAUAUGUCUGAUGAAGAGGAGAAGCAAACUAUUCAGUUCGUAAAGAACCCUCAUUUAUCAAGCCUUGAGGAUGACGUAUUGUUCCAUAUUGGAAUCAAAGCCAAGGACGGCCUUAAAGAACCCUUUGGUGAUGUGAAGUUUGUCUGCAUGGGAGGCAGCACAGACAGAAUAAGACAGUUUGCAAAGUUCCUUCAAAAUGAGUUGAGUGACUACCUAGAAAAUGAGGACAAAAAAGAACCAAAGAAUCUAUCAAAUACUGACCGCUAUGCUGUUUAUAAAGUGGGACCAGCACUUGUUAUAAAUCAUGGUAUUGGUAUUCCAUCUUUGAUGGUGAUAAUGCAUGAAACUCUCAAGCUCCUUUACCAUGCUGAUGCUAAAGAUGUGACAUUCUUUAGAAUUGGUACAUCAGGUGGACUAGGUCUAACACCAGGUACUGUGGUGUUAACGAAGUCUUCAAUGAAUGCUUUAUUGGAGCCAUAUCAUGAGCAGAUCAUAUUAGGCGAAGUUGUGAAGUUUCCAGCCACAUUAGAUGAUGAUUUAAGGAAACAACUUAUUGAAUGCGGCAAGGAUACUGGUAUCCCCAUGGCUGAGGGACAUACAAUGUGUACUAAUGACUUUUAUGAAGGACAAGGUAGACUAGAUGGUGCUUUCUGUGACUACACACUAGAAGAUAAACUCAUCUUCUUAGACAAAGUUCACAAAGCAGGUGUUCGUAACAUAGAAAUGGAAAGUGUUUGUUUUGCUGCUAUGUGUAAUCGUGCUGGAGUCAAAGCUGCCAUACUUUGUGUCACACUGCUAGACAGACUCAAAGGUGACCAGGUCCAUCUCAAACCUGAAGAUCAUGAGGACUUUCAAGCAAGGCCACCAAAAAUAGUUGCGGGAUACAUUAAGAAAUACCUAGAGGAACAAGCUAAAAGUUCCUCUUUUCUUCGUAAUGGCAACAAGAGAGCAAAAGCUAAUAUGUAGAAAGUUACCUUUUAAUGCUAAUUCCAGCACUAGCAAAAUAAUUCAUAAAAUAAGUUUAGUAAAGAGGUCAUACCGGUAAUAUGUAAUGUUUUCAAAUUUAAUAAUUUAACAGGCAGACAUCAUAAUAUCCACAGUUAUAAAUAGUACGGUUUCAUGGAAUGGGGAAUUUCGUGUUUGCACUCUAGGUAGGCCACUGUGUAUAUUUUUAUCUGGCAUUGGAUGUACAUUAUUUUUUUGAUCAAGUUUCUAAUUAUUUUAAAGCUGAAAUUUCAUUUGGUUAUUUUUUGAGAAAUAAUAAUGAAAUCAAUUGAAUGUUUUAAAAUUCAUGUCAGUCCUACACAAUAACUGCAGUUUAUAAAUUACUAGUUAGGCAAGAAAAAAAAUGUUUUAUAACAUUAAUGCUACCAACUGUACAUCGUUCAGUUAUUUUUUUAGAAAUAGAAAUGAAUGCAAUUGAAUGUUUUAAAAUUCAUGUCAGUCCUACACAAUAACUGCAGUUUAUAAAUUACUAGUUAGGCAAGGAAAAAAAUGUUUUAUAUCAUUAAUUAAUGCUACCAACUGUACAUAGUGCCAUAAUUUAUUACCACUUUAUAGAUAGAACUGCACAAUUAAUUCAUUGGAAAUCAAAGAUGGAAAUCAAUUAAUUCUCUCUUUCAAGUUUCUGUAUUUUCAUAAACAUGUAACUCUGUAGUUGCAAUUUGCUCAUUGAAAUUUGGUUUUUCACUGCUGCCAGUCAAAAAUGUUGAAGGUGCCAAGUUUAUUAGUUUUGAUUGACUGCAAUGAAAACCAAACUUGCAACAACCGAGUCAAUAGACCUAUCCCGAAUUUGCUUGACUGAUCACGAAACAAUGGUUUAAAGUCGAGGUUGAACUUGAUGAAUAAAAGAAUAAAGUUCAGUCUAGACUUCAAACCAUUGUUUCAUGGUCAGUCAAGCGAAUUCGGGAAAGGCCUAUUGUUUAUAUUGUUUGAAAAUAGCAGUAACUAGUUUGCCAAAGGUUACUGAAUAUCAUGUAACCAAAAUGAUGAAGUCCCAAAGGUUUAAUGAUAAAAUAUAAUCAACAAGGGUUAAUGUAAUAAAGAACAUUUUAAUGCGA